CUUACAGGUGGGAACCAGCGUGAGCUUGCCCGCCAGAAAAACCUGAAGAAAACUCAGGAGAACCACAAGGGCAAAAGGAAAGAGGAUAGCUUGUCUGCUUCUCAGAGAAAACAGAGAGACACUGAAAUCAUGCAGCAGAAGCAGAAGGCAGCGAAUGAAAGGAAAUCUCUUCAGGCAGGAGCAAAAUGAGGCGCCUGCAUGGAGAAGAUGGAGUGCACUGAUGAAGCGAAAGGACCUAGGAGACCAUGCAUAAAAGUGUCUGGCCAUUAAAUGAUCAAAUGUUUAUCCUGCAGAGUUGUUCAACUAGCAUUAGUGUAGAGUAUUUCCUGGUUACAUUGGGCUUAGUUUUUCUGGAGUGCUGUUUCAAACCUGAC